GGAAAUUUCAAGCCAUGAGAGACAAUAAUCAACGGUUCCAACUCCAAGCAGUGGCAACAGUUUUCUUGUUGGUUAUACAGCUCUGCUUUGCCUUGCCCACCGGAAAUGACAUAGACAUGGAUGGGAACUACCAAAACUUCGGAAGUGGACGACCUGUGGAUUAUCACACGGUAGUGGGUCAUUUCAAGGAUUUCUUUAUGUACCUGCCCGUGAUGAUGACCACUAUUAAAGAAACCAUGUCUGGAUUCCCGAAAUUCGCCGAGGGUGUUCGCAUCCUGACUUCCGGCAAAGGACGAGUCGAUGGUGAGGACUGCAAGUGCAGUCAAAAUGCAUUAUCAAGCGGCGAGCUUCUGGACACAAAUAGUCGAUUUGGUUGAUCCAAAUCUGAGGAUUUUGUAGAUACUGUACAUAUGCAUAAAUCAUAAAUAAAAGAGAGGCCGUCAAAAAACAAAA